UUAGUGGCCGUUCCUUCUUGACCAAAUUCCCGUAUCUCCCACUCUACAAUAACAAUUCAAGCCAGGUACGUCCGUUACCCAUCCAACGAGUAAGAGACUACGCUCAUUCUACGACCACUAAAUUAAAGACCACCAAAAAAGAAGAGACUUUUGGGCCCAAAUGAUUACUAUAUACACCAUAAUUCCAUCCGUCACCGCAGACCAUGGACUUGCUAUUCCUAUUCCUUUCCCUUCCUCUACCCCAAAUUCUGAAAUCUCCCUCUGUUUCCACUCCUUUUAUCUGAUCCAAUUCCAUUCAUCGAUAUCUUUUCCUUAAAAACUAUGAUUCCGUACCAAAGCACCCUCCUCCCUUUACUACUUUUAGCAGCUUUCUUCUUCAUCUCCACCGAAGGCUGUAACCGGAGUUGCGGCGAGAACAGCGUCGUCCCCUAUCCCUUCGGCUUCUCCCACGAUUGCCCCAUCCUCCUCAACUGCAACAGCACGGCCGAUAUCCUACUCGGCGGAUUUCCCGUCCUGAACUUCACAUCCAAGAGUGUCCUCGUCUCCAUCCCGGCGAGCUGCGACCGCCCGAUCCGGGACGCCCAAUAUCUCUUCGGGAACAACUACGCAAUGAUGUUGGGGAACGGGUUGUUCCUGCGGAACUGCAGCCCCGCCGCCUCACCGUGCCUCAUCCCCAGCGAACUCAUUUCGGAGCGAUUAGAUCUCGCAAAAUGUGGACACAAGGGUGAGAGCAUAAGCUGCUUCUCUAACGGAACGAAGGAUGGGUAUCUAUCCAAAGACAUCAUCACCGAGACUAAGUGUGAAUCGUUGUUCAUCGUGGCGAGGUACAACGGGAUUAUCAAGUCCCAGCCGGAGCUGGUGUUCGGUGAGGCGGAGAUCGGGUGGUGGAUGGACGGCGGCGAGUGCCGGUGCUCCGCCAAUGCGACGUGCACAACAAGUGUGAAGACUGCGGUGCCCGGGAAGACGGGGUACAGGUGCUCGUGUGACCAGGGGUUCUUAGGAGACGGGUUCCGCGCCGGCGACGGCUGCCGCGAAGUUCAGGUUUCUCGAUGCAGUGCUUCAAAAUACAUAUCAGGUAGAUGCACCAGAAUAGGCUUGCUCAUUUCAGGGAUCAUCGCUGGAGCCUUGCUAAUGUUCGCCCUUGCUUUCCUCUGCUACGUCUUCCGCCGUCGUCGCACCGCCUCCAAAAGCCAAGAAACCUGCAAACGCCUGCUAGCGGAAGCAAGCUGCACCAUCCCCGUCUACUCCUACCGAGACAUCGAGCGUGCAACAAACCACUUCUCCGACGCUAACAGGCUUGGCACCGGCGCCUAUGGAACGGUGUACGUCGGAAAAAUCCCCAACAAUGAGGUCGUCGCCGUCAAAAGGAUUCGUCGCAGCGACACCGAUAGCAUGGAUCAAAUCACAAAUGAAAUCAAGCUCAUCUCCUCCGUCAGCCACCCCAACUUGGUCCGCCUUUUAGGCUGCUGCAUGGAUAGAGGCGAGCAAAUUCUCCUCUACGAGUUCAUGCCCAAUGGCACGCUCUCGCAGCACCUCCAUGGUGAGCGAGGCGACGGCCUUUCCUGGACGUCCCGCCUCUCCAUCGCAGUUCAGACUGCCCACGCCAUCGCCCACCUCCACUCCGCCAUCCACCCGCCAAUAUACCACCGAGACAUUAAGUCGAGCAACAUUCUCCUGGAUUACAACUUCGGCGCCAAGGUGGCGGACUUCGGUCUCUCGAGGAUCGGCAUGAUGGAGUCGUCCCACAUCUCGACGGCGCCGCAGGGCACGCCGGGCUAUCUCGACCCGCAGUAUCACCAGGACUUCCAUUUGUCAGAUAAGAGUGACGUCUAUAGCCUCGGAGUUGUGCUUGUGGAAAUGAUAACGGGGAUGAAGGUGGUGGAUUUUGGCCGAGCGCCGACCGAGGUGAACCUCGCGGCGCUCGCCGUGGAUAGGAUAGGGAAGGGAAGGAUAGAGGAGAUUAUAGAUCCAGUCAUAAAGGUUGAUGGAGAUGAAUGGACCCUGGUUUCGAUUCGAAAGGUGGCGGAGUUGGCGUUCAGGUGUCUGGCGUUUCACAAGGACGUGAGGCCGUCUAUGAAGGAGGUGGCGGAGGAGUUGGAAAUGUUAGGGGAUGGGGAGUUGGAUGGCAGUGUUGAGAUGGCAUCGGAAGGGAAGAGUACGAGGUUGGUUUUGGUGAGUGCUAGGAAGGUGGACUCCCCUGUUUCGGUGCAGGAUGCAUGGCCCAGUGAGCAGAGCUCUUCUUCGACUAAUGUCUCCGUGAGCAUGUAAAUAGUUGAUCAGAGUUUUCUGUGGGAGUUCUUCCUCUUCGUAUGGUCGAAACAUUUUUGAUUUCUUAUUGAAGUGUGAAAUACUCUGAACGAUUAUUUUCUUUCUCCCUCUUUGGAUUUAGGUAACUUUGUUUUUUGUAUGGAAAAUGGAGGAAGCAUUUUGCUUCUACCAUGUAUGUAUUGUGAGAAGAAUUGACAAGUUACAAGGAUAUACAGGUUAA